AUGGUUGUCCGCUGGUGGUAUCAGUUUAGUUACUGUGGAAAAUAUUCUAGUACGUAGAAAUUGCUCUCUGAUAUAGAAGUUCUCCUUUCAUGUGCAUAGCAUAUCGCAGCAACUGUGCACGGUUCGCCGGCGAAACGGCAAAGACUAUACUCAUUUUGCGCUGAGCGCAAAAGAAGUAUUUGUCUUCGCGCCGGAGAAAUCCGGUGAGGGCGAGUCGGUGCCAAAAUAAAGAAAAAAGCUGGCAGUGUUCACUGUUUCGCUGGCGAAUAAACGGCGAAGACUUAUUUUGCGGCAGCAGAUCAUAAGUCUCGCUCCUUAGCCGGCGAAACGGUAAAAAUAAAUCAUUUUGCGGUCGCCGCAGAUAGAUGAAAAUAUGGCUUCGCUGAUUUUUCGCCGGCAAAAUGGCAAAUGCCCACUUUUUUGGGCGCGUGAAAAAAGAUUGACCGCACUUUGGUGCUUGACUUUCUGGCGACCGGGGAUGGAGUUUGACUGAGAAAAACAGCUUUUGCCGUUGCGGCCUCGACACGGUAAAAACUUAUUUCUCGGCCACCAGAAAAUGAGUCUUUCUCUUACUUACCAUUUCGCCGGCAGGCAAAGACUUUCGUUGCGGUGAGCGCAGUACAAGUUUUCGUCGUUUCGCCGGCGAAACGUGCCAGACUUAUUUUUCAGUCUAUCAAAAGCGAGAGUGUUUGUUUUUCUAUUUGCUGUGUCGCCGGAAUCAUACAACUAUUUCAAAGUGGGGCGCAAGGUAAUACAAAUAAGUAAGCAUUUACGUAAAUCAGAACCAAUCCACGCGGCGUGCGCCGCGUGGGAAAAAAAUAAGAAAACUCUUCAGCGUAGGCCCCAUUUUAUUGCCAGUCUGUCCUGAAAAAUUUUCGCGCUCGACUUUGUCGGUCGUAAUCUGGUAACCAAAUGCGUGCGCGCGCGCGCGCAGAGCGCGCGCCGGCCCACGAAGCCGGCGCGCGCGCUCUGCGCGCUUGCGAUAUUGCUUUAGCAAACGCAGCGCGAAGGCAGUUGCCGUUACCAUAUAGGGCAACCGCCGGGAGGCGUGAAGGUCCGGGAAAUGGCCAGAAAUGAAGCGGGAGAAGGGAAAAAAAGCGGACCAGAUGGGAAAAUGGGCAGGAGGUCAAAAAUGUCGCAAAAACGGCAGAAACCAAGCGGGAGGAGGUGAAAAAAGAGCAUUUUUGCAGUCUGGCCCACUGAGUAUCUGCAAAAGAGACGGACUAUUUUUUGCCUCGCCCGCUGGGCAGCUGCGUUGGAGCAGCAGGUCCGCGACCUGUUCGGAAGCCUUGGGCCGCUUCGUAACUGGAAAAAGUUGGAAAAAAAUGGCAAAAAUUUGCUUCAUAACGUGGGCGGAAGCAAUCGUCGGAUUUUGUCCAGAUCACCCGGGCCACUUGGAAAAUGGAAAAAGAUGAAAAAUUGCGCAAAAGCGCAUUCCCUCCGCAGGCUUCAAAACUGCCAGUCAUCUGCGGGCGGUGAAAAUGUGCAGAGCCCUUCGGCCACCUAAGAACCAGAAAAAAGAGCGAAAAUUGAAAAAAAUCGAGAACCCUCGGCAGGCUUACAAACUGGCCGCCAAGGGCGGUCCGGUGGGCGCGCGCUUGCGCCUUACCAUCGCGAUUGGGAAAAAAAAUUCGUACUAUAAGCGGGCGGAGGCAUGUCCCAAAAUCCCGAUUUGGCCGGGGUUGUGAGCACCAAUUCGGGACCUCCGCCGCGUCUGAAAUGGCCGACUUUGGUUGCCCGGAAGGGUUCGCGGGUUUUCGGCUUUCCGCAUACCUCCCUGGCCAGGGGGCCAGUUUGUCACGCAGGGGGCUAGAGAGGAUGCCCCGCUGCGAAAUAGCAGACCGGAUUUCGCCUUCAAUGCUUAUCGCAGGAGCCUGCGAUAAGCUUUGAAUGCGAAUCCGGAAGCCCCCGAUGACCAAGAUACCUUCCUGGCCAGGGGGCCAGUUUCUCAUGCAGGGGGCUUGCAGAAGAAGGAGCGGGACUGUAAUCAAAAAUAAAUAGCGCCAAAGCGCGGCCGCGCUUUCGCCGCGCGGCUGGUUAGGCUUUCGCGCUGGUUAGAAUUUCGCGCACGCAUUUGGUUACCAAUAUCGCCCUCCGGGCGCGACCUUCAUAAAGUGGCCGCGUUUGGCUUCUCUCGAAGUGACCAAAUUCGGGAGAAGACAAAGACGGCCAGCUUUUGGCCUCGUCUCUGAGGCCCAGUCUAACAAACACGCAGCGAGGUGGUCGCUUCUCGCUUUACAAUAGAAUAGUGGCCAGCUCUGGCGGCUUUUAUUGCGGAGACCCGGCCAGAUCAGGAAGAAACCAGGAAAGAGCUCGCCUGCUGUCCGCUACCUAGCCAGGCCUCGCUUUUUGCUUUUACAAAGCGCGCAGCUUUAGUUUCUUCCUUGUCAAAGUGCCAGGCGCUUCCUGAGCGACGGGAGCGGGACUCGCGACAGCAGUGCGCGAAGCAUCUAAACGCGAACGAGGCCCAGUCGCGCUCUUUCCACACGGCGCGUUAGUCGAAAAAAACACUUUUUGGGUUUGCAAGCUUCAGAAACGCUGCAGAAAUCCUUCAGAAGAUUUUUGGACCUUCAGAAGAGUCGCAACCUUCGGAAGGCCUUCAGGAAGGUUUUUUGACCUUCUGAAGGACAAAAAAUACUGCGCCACUUUUUGCAUAUUUUUUGUUAAAUAGUUCCGGUUUCUUUGUUCAGCCUUCAGAAGGUUUUAAAAAUUUCACCUUCAGAAGGUCAAAACCUUCCUGAAGGUCAAAAAUGAGUUGCGUCAGAACCUUCAGAAGCUUUUGUUUAUCAAAAAGCUUCUGAAGGUUAUUGAACACCUACUGAAGGCCCAAAACCGACAAAACCUUCUGAAGGUUUGAAAAAAAAAAAUAUUUUUUCUGAAACAGCACCUGUGUCCGUUUUAAUUCACUCUCUUUUCAAAAGUGUCCACUUUUGAACCUUCAGAAGAUUUUUUGAUCCUUCUGAAGGUUCUUCUGAAGAAUUUUCUUCUGAAGGUUGUGACGAUUUUUUCCCUUAUAGUCCUUCCAUUACAAGUCUUGGCCAUUUCGCCGGCGACGCGAUAAAGACUUCUUUAUUUUUCACUUGCCCAAAAAAGCAUAAGCCGCCGUAUCGGCGAAACGGCAAAAGUGCAAACUUUGCGAUGGGCGCAAAACGUAUACUGCUGCUCUGCCGUGGCCGUCCGUGUAGCAAGCGCUUUUCUUUUAUUUGUGUCGGAUCAAAAGCGCUGCAGAGCCAAUAAGCAAGAAGCCUUUGCCGUGUGCCGGCGAGGUGGCAAACACUCACAUCGCACGCGCACAGCAGCUCCGAGCUGUUUUGGGGUGAACUUCUAUUUAUUAUCAAAAAAGCAAUUUCUUUUCUUGUUCCAAAAACAGCAAUGCGUCGCUCGCCCUCUCUUCCGGAUCGUGGGGAGGCAAGGAGAGAAACGAUUCACAAGACCCGGCGUCGACGCCGUUUUGUCAAGCAGACGCACCCUGGUGCCUGCAUCAAGGGGGUCCCCGUGGGACGUGGAUGUGUGUUGCGGACCCGCUGGCAGAGGAGCUACGUUGGCGAAUACUCGUUCCGGGUAAGCCGCGUGGGACAGCAGAACUGCCCGUCGAUCUCACUGAUCACAGCGAGCCGCACCAGCAACGACAAGAAUUAUUGAAAGACGGAAAAGGAGCGGAGUUGCCAAGUGAGUUGCAGUUGAUGCAAUAUCCGAAAUUUCCAGGCCGAUACUUUGUUUUGUUCCCGAUGCCCACCAGCAAAUUACCUGCUGCUGGUCCAUCUACUCCAACCGGGUCAGGAGAUCUUGCUGCUGCGCAGCCCCCAGAUGAAGCGGACGCAACUGCAACUGCAACUACACCCGCACCCGGACCCGCUGACGCCGACCCAGCUCCAACAUCAGAUGUUAAGGCCACGGCAGAUCAAGCGCAAAGGAAGUACAAUGAUAUGUCCACACCGCAUUUGGCAGUCGACCUGCGGUCGCUCCAGGGACAUGCUAGCAAGGAGGAUACUAAGGCGCUGCAUAAAUGGUUCUUCGGAGACGAAGGAAAAGAGAAGGGGGAUCGGUGGGGGAGGAAAACGAUUCGUACUCCAGAGUUUAUGGAAGAGGACGGGUUCGAUGAGAAAACGAAAACGGAAGAGGCGACCCCAGCCGAACUUCUUGGCAAGGCGGUACAGGAAGCGCAGCUGGACGACCACGAUAUCGGUGACGGCGCUCUACUUGGCGGACUCAAAAAAUUGAACGUAGACGACCAGCAGAACAAGUCGACGGGGUGGAGGCAUUCCGCGUGGAUCCGGUUUGGGAACAUCGUGAACCUAUUGCAGACGGCGAUGGGAAAUUUGGCAAGUUCGAAAAAAGGCUGCAGCCUUACCGAGGAAGACUCACCGACAAUCAACAGUGCCGAACAAAUGGAAAAUCAAAUAUUUCCAAACGACGCGGAGAUGUUGAAGAAAGAAGCAAAGUGUUUAGAGGACAACGCGGUAAGCGAAGAUUGUUCAGGAGCGAUGAAAAAAGCCGCUGAGGCGCCUCUUCAACACCCCGUGUUUGUAGUCGAGAAUCCGAGCAAACUCCUACAGCCGAUAGAGAUUCCGUACGUCGCCGCCGGCACCGUCGUCGGGUGGUCCCGGUACCGUUACCGAAAUGCUGGUGAUGAUUUCGUUGGCCCCCUCGUGAAGUGUCAUGAUCCGUCACAACUCUUGAAGGUUCCGAAGGAAAUAGUUAACGACGAGUCCAGCAGCGAUGAGUACUGGAGCACGAAGAAAAAUCCACGGUACCUACGGCACAGCGAUGACGCUGCCAGGUACGUGCUCCACCCGCAUGCGCCUUUACCCUCUGCGGAAAUCCGAUGCACAGGAAUCCGCUUUAAGAAGAUCUACGAUCUGCUUGGGAACAAUGAGAAGUUUGUGCUCCGCGUGGAGCCUGCAAGCCCGGCAGGCUUUUUCAAGUAGUCGCAGGCGUCUUUGCGCCAACGAGGUCCAGUUUGAUAAGUUAGCGGGAAAUAAAAACGAACGUCGAACCACGUCAGACUGAGUAACCUCACCAUUAUUUCAACCUCUACAACUGCGACGACCGACCAGCUUUCUCAACAACAACUACUUCUGAGGCCACUGUGUGGUUUGAUCUCUCUUAACCGUAUGGGAGUGUCAGGACUGAAAUCGUCAAAGUUAAAAUAGUUUGCCAUGCUGAAAAUGCAGCCCACAAAGUGCCUGUCUUGCGGAGUAGGCAAGUGAGGCAGAUUGUAAGCCUGUUAUGGAGUAGAAACUGAGCUGCUAAAGUAAGUAGCAUGACAAAAGGCGUGCUCCUUGCCCACGCGGAUGACAAACUGCAUUGCGGUUCUACGCAAAUUUGUCAUGCGCCAGCGCCACUUAGAAACUGGGUUUGUUGCAACAGUCAUCCACUUCAUGCAUUGCAAGUUAUUUCAACUUUGUCGAUUUCAAUCCUGACACAUCCAUAGGCCAAUAUACUGGAUGCAGCUGCGAGCUCAGAUUUCUGUUCUUUCUCAUUGUUUCUACCGGUGUGUUUAUUAACUUUACUGCCGACCGACCGCUACACUUGUUUGAGACCCCGGACCUGUACAACUUCAAUGACGUAUGAGAAACUACCAUGCCUGAACAAGAGCUUUUUUUUGUCCGUGAAAGAACAAUCGCCCCUCUACCAGGACCACAUCCAUUCCUUCCGCAUCCUAACCUUCCCGGAAGAUUGCUGUCCGAAGACGGAUUUGUUUUCGCAGUAAAGGACGAUAGUUUGUGGCGGGGAUGGAAUUUAGGAGUUUACUUUACGGAUCAACAAAUGGAUGAAAACGUUUUGACGCGACCACUUGCGGCGGGACCGGGAGGGGUUGACUCUUACUGACACGAAUUGCAGUGUACUAGAACUACUACUAUGAUGAAUAAAAUGAACUCAGCGAUAAGGAGCAGAUGAUCUAUUGAGUAAACUUACGAAAGAACUACGGCUUCUCAGGGAAUCAUUGAAUCGGAAAUGUCGUGCUGACGUAUGGAAGGUUGAUUUUUAAAUACGUGUAGACAGAAGUUUCAGUUUCCCUUUACCUUUCUUGCUUUUGUUAUUCUUGCGGCAAAUUGUUUGAAUCCAAUUUCCAAAUCCAAUCGAUUUACUUUAUGCAUUUAAAACAGGACAAUGACAGUGACAGAGUUUGCACAGAUGUUUCUUCUUGAGCUUUUGUUUCACAAAAAAAUGCGACGAGUCUGCGCACGCGCUGGUGGUUUCGCUCUGAGAACUUAAU